GGCGACAUUCCAGCCCCUUCUGCUUACAGCAGGGUUGGAUGGAAAGUUAUCUCGAUAAAAAUUGUCAUUUGGGCUAACUUUGUCGACACGUAGCAGCGUCACUUCAGCUUGCUGGCUGCUUUUGUCUGGUUAGAAGGUUUUUUUCGUUCAUUAUUUUUAACCGCAGUUAAUGCGAGCGAUCCGUUUUCGCAGCUCGACAAAAGCACAUCUUUAUCUCGCUAUUAGCUAGGUAGCAUUAGGCAUAGCUAAAGCUAGCAUGUGACAUUUUUGCCUUCUUUUGUGUUAAUCUGAGAAGUUAGAAAGUAUUCGUCGUCAGGCCACGCUGAAAGCAGCUGGUAAGCGGAGCUGGUUUAAGUUUGUGGAACCGUGUGAAGCGACACUGUGAGGGAGAAGACUGCCGCUGCUGCGCCGUCCAGUCUGCAACGUUAGCUGGAGUGUAUCUGCAGUGGUGUGAAUGAGGGUGAUAUGGCAGACCACACCCCGCCUCUGGAGUCCGGCCAGCUUCUCAGCCCUGAGCUCCCAAUCCUGGCUUCACCACCACCCCCACCCAUGGUCAAUGGUGAGGGCCCUCAGCAGGUAAUCCUGGUGCAGGUAAACCCAGGUGAGGCCUUCACUAUUCGACGAGAAGAUGGUCAGUUUCAGUGUAUCACAGGUCCUGCUCAGGUUCCCAUGAUGUCUCCAAAUGGUUCAGUGCCUCCAAUCUAUGUGCCUCCUGGAUACGUUUCACAGAUCAUAGAAGAAAACGGAGUGCGACGGGUUCUGGUUUUACCUCAGCAACCAGAUUUCCACCCUAGUGCUCCCUCCCCUCUUCACCACCCUCCACCUCCACCUCACGCCCACCUGCCUGCCUUCAUCCCACAUCCCGCCAUGAUGCCCCCACUACCCCACCUGUACACAAACAUGGCAGGCGGCGUGAGUGAUCUAAGCUCCCAAUACAUCUCCCAGUACCAUCCAGCUCAAAUCUACUCAGAGCAGGUCUCUGCAGAUUCCCAUUCCCAACAUGGACGUCCACCUUUUGUUCAGAGAGAUGACAGAACUAGCAAAACAUAUGAGCGCCUGCAGAAAAAACUUAAAGAGCGUCAGGGAGGUGGAGUUGGUGGGCAGGUGAAGGACAGCCCUCCCCCUUCACCACAGAAAACCUGCAGCAGCCCUUCGACAAUGGACAUUCACAACGGCGUUGGCGGUAAAGGGCUGGAGGCGGAACAGGGACAGCCCAGUAUUGUGAGGGCCAGCCCUGACAAGCAGACAGGCAGAGGGAAAAAUGGAGCGUCAAGAGAGCUGGAUGAGGAAGCUGUGGCCCUUCAAGCACUGUUGAGUACUAUCAGUAAACCAGUGGUGUCAGACAUCCAGGCUAGAGGAGCAGUGUUGAGUUGGAGUGCACCAGCAGGGCCAAAGCGUGAGAAUGGCAGUAUAGAGGAUGAGUGCAGCCCACCAGAGUCCCUGAGCUACGAGGUCUCCAUUUCUUUUAAUGGUAAAGAAGGGAAGUACAAAAGCAUGUACUGUGGGGAAGAACUAAGUGCAACUUUAGAAGACCUUCGACCAGCAACAGAUUAUCAUGUCAGGGUCCAGGCCAUGUGUAACUGUUUACAAGGAAGCCCUUCAGAGGCAGUGAGCUUCACCACUCUAAGCUGUGAGCCAGAUCCACCAAAUCCUCCCAGAAAGGCCAGCGGGACCAAGAACACACUUGUUCUUCAGUGGAAGGCUCCUUGUGACAACGGUUCCAAAAUCCAAAACUACAUUCUGCAAUGGGAUGAGGGAAAAAGUACUGGGAUGUACGAACAGUGCUAUUAUGGACCUCAGAAGCAGUACAGAGUGACAAAGCUUUCACCAGCUUCAAGAUACUCCUUCCGCCUUGCAGCCAAAAAUGACAUGGGUGUAAGUGAGUUUAGUGAAGUGGUGGACCUGUUCACAUCAUGCAGUGUGCCAUUAACACCCCUCCCUCCAGAGCUGGUGAAGGCAGGAGUGACCUGGCUGUGUCUGCAGUGGCAGAGGCCCACUGGUUCCCCGAAAGAGGAUGACAUCUACUAUGUUUUGGAAAUGGAUGAAGAAUGCUUGGGAUAUGGUUUCCAGACCAGUUACGAUGGAGAGGAGCUCUCCUGCACGGUUAGGAACCUUCACAGGAGCACCAAGUACAAGUUUCGAGUGGCAGCAUAUAACACAGAGGGUAAGAGUAACCCGAGCCCAGUGGUCGAGUUCAUCACAAACCCAGACAAACCCAGCAGUCCCUGCAGGCCUGUCAUUAAAGGAAGAAUCCUGCCCAACAGCUUCAGGAUGGCCUGGGAGCCCCCAAAAGAUAGCGGCGGUGCAGAAGCCACAAAGUAUGUUGUUGAGCUUUCUGAAGGUUUAAGUGGUCUGUCAUGGGAGCUGGUAUACUCUGGGCCAGCUCUGGAACACGUGUGUGAAGGCUUGAAGCCAGGCUGCUCGUACCAGACCCGAGUUUACUGCAUGAGCGAGGGGGGGCAGAGCCCACUGUCGGAGACCCUGCAGGUCCAGACACCCGCAGUGCCGCCAGGAAUCUGCCAGCCCCCUCGGCUGGUGGGUAAACCCAAAGCCAGGGAGGUGCAGCUGCGCUGGGGUCCACCUCAGGUAGACGGCGGAAGUCUGGUAUCCUGCUAUAGUAUUGAGGUGAGUGGGCCACACUCUGAGGAGAGCAGAGAGGUGUACCAAGGUCUAGAACUGGACUGCACUGUGGGAUGUUUACUGCCCGGAAAAACCUACAGCUUCCGGCUCAAAGCGGCAAACAAAGCAGGGUUUGGACCUCUUUCGGAGCAUUGUGAGGUCACCACUGGUCCUGGGGCUCCAGAGCCUUGCAAGGCUCCUUCCACAGUCUUCAAAUCCCCCAGCUGUGUCGUGGUGAGCUGGGAGACCCCUCAUUGCAACGGAGCCCCUGUGUCAGAAUAUCGUCUAGAGUGGGGUGCUGCUGAAGGCAGUAUGCAGGUGUGUUACAGUGGGCCUGGGCUCAGCCAUGAGAUGAAGGGGCUGCUGCCUGCUACAAAUUACUUCUGCCGGGUGCAGGCUGCAAAUGUUGCUGGCAUGGGGCCGUUCAGUGAGGCAGUGUUGUGCCAGACGCCCUGCUCUGUGCCUGCAGCUGUCAGCAACAUCUACACUCUGAAGGAGGCUGAGCUGCAGAGAUUUGAGUCUUUCACAUACCAAGAAGACGAAGAGGAGGAGACAGAUGACAACAUUUCCCGGCUAUCACCUCUCUACUCUCCGUCCACCUGCCUGGGUAUUUGCUGGGAUCCCCCGUGCAACCAUGGCUCUGAGAUCACUUCCUACCUGAUUGACCUCGGAGAACGUCAACCAGUUAUUGUUGGCCCGGUCACCAAACACAUCAUCCAGCAUCUACAGCCUGACACCAGCUACAGGAUCCGGAUCCAGGCUCUGAACAGUUUGGGAGCAGGUCCUUUUAGUCACACCUUUAAGCUGAAGACAAAGCCACUUCCGCCACUGCCACCCCGCCUGGAGUGCACUGCCUUCAGCCACCAGACCCUCAGGCUCAAGUGGGGUGAUGGCCCAACCAAAGCCCUUGCUUCAGACAUCCUCCAGUAUCAGCUGCAGAUGGAGGACAAGAACGGCAGAUUUAUAUCCUUGUAUAAAGGACCAUGCCACACACACAAAGUCCAGAGGCUUAAUGAGUCUACCUCUUAUACCUUCCGCAUCCAGGCCUUUAAUGAAGCGGGCGAAGGGCCCUUCUCCAAUGUUUACACAUUCACCACCCCUCGCUCUCCUCCAGCUCCUGUGAAAGCCCCUAAAGUGGAGCGACUGGACGACAGCUCAUGCGAAGUCACAUGGGAAGCUCUGCUGCCCAUGAAGGGUGAUCCAGUCAUCUACACCUUACAGUGCAUGAUGGGAAAUUCAGAGUUUAAACAGGUCUAUAAAGGCUCAGCCACUUCCUUUCACGCCCAGAGCCUGCAGCCCAACAGCGAUUACCGUUUCCGGGUGUGCGCUAUCAGGCAGUGUCAGGACGCCCCAGAGCUCAGCGGUCCCUACAGCCCGACAGGUACCCUCUCCCUCCAGCGGAAUGACCUAGCCACAAGCAGCAGUGCCGCCGCCUCGGGCUCCAGAGCUGUAACAGAGUCCAGCCGGGCCAGGCGGAGCCUGACCGACGAGCAGUGCGCGUUCCUCCUCCUGAUGAUUUUCGCCGUCAUCGCCAUCCUCAUUGCUUUUGUCAUCCAGUACUUUGUCAUCAAAUGAGAAGUUUGCAGCACCCAACUGCAGGGUUAUAGCUUUAUUCUUUCCUCUUCAUUGUUUUCUAUUCUUCAUCUUGUUCUUGUUGUUUUCUGUCGUCCACACAGUAAUCACUUUAGGAUCAUGGGGCCAGGUGGGAUGAAUGAUGUUAUGAAAUUAAGUAAAUGACACGUUUAUUUGGCACCUGUGAUACCUUCCUGCCUGUUCCGCCUUUGUCACUGUGCCCACUGUGAUAAUUGUUGCUGUUCCUGUUCACGUCAAAUUCCUGUGCAAAAGAAACUCAGAAAGGUUUAAUGUGGUGUAGUCGGGUGGAAAAGGGUCUGCUUUAAUUCGUGUAUUUGUUGAUUACAGUGUAUAUAUAUUAUAUAUAUAUAUAUAUAUAUAUAUAUAUAUAUAUAUAUAUAUAUAUGUAUAGAUAUAUAAUGUAUAGAAAUAGACAUUAUUUAUAUUUACAUUUGUUUGUCCAGUAGUGACCCUGUUUUUGGUAGGUGUGUUGUAGCCUGUGUGCUGUUGAUCCUGGGACCCUGUGGGGCCCAGUGUUUGCACAGUGAGGUGGGGUAUGGUGCCCGUAGUUUGUGCCACAGGUGGUACACAGCAGGGCAGGCUCCAGGCCCACAAUGAAGGGACUAAAACCCCCCUGGAGAUUAACGGGUCUAGUGAGGUGGAAAUUCAUGUUCACAUUAUAGAACAUUCAUUUAGCACUUUCCAACCUUUUUGGUGUUCAGAAUGUUUAAGGAUGCAAAAAUGACUGGAGAAAUGUUAGUAUAUUUUUGUACAGUUUAGACACAAGGACCUGUAAGUUUGAAGAAAAAAAAAGAAAGCUCAAUAUAAAAUUAGAAAAUAAAAACCAAACUAACAAUGAAUUCUAAUUAUUUUACUAUCAUAUAGUUAUACUGUAGCUUGUUUUUACAAUCAUGCAGCUGCAUUACUCUGAGAUAUCGUUUUUCAGCACAAAAAAUGUAUGCUUACCUGUAUGAUGGUUUUUUGUUCUUGCCUCCCUCCCCAAUGGUAAUUGAUUUUGCACCUUCGUGACAGAAAUCCUUGACUCACUGCGUCUUGGUUUCGUGAUGCAUUUUAUAGACCACAUUCUGAUUGUGCGAGCCUACUUGUGUUUUGGGUGUUUUAAAAGUUGUAGUACUACAUGUUGUCACUGAAACAGCUGAAUUGUCUCAGCGAGAG